AUGGGUGCUACAAAUCCGGCCCUUGCAGCCCUCUCCGGCCCGACAUAUACCACCGCCCAGACCCUGAUCCAGCAGGUGGCGUAUCUUCUCAGUGACAAGAUCUUCUCCUACUCACCGGAGACUUUCGACCUUGACGCUGCCUUGCGGGAGUGGUCUGCAGCCCAGGAGACUAAGGUUAAUGGCGAAUCUCCUGUUGUUAACGCCCUCGAGACCCGCCAGGGUGCUGGUAACCUGGCCCUGGGCUAUCUGUUCUCUCAAGACUUCGAUCUGAAGAAGCGUCAUGUGCCUCAGGGUAUUGUGGCCUCCUCUGCUACCCUUCCGUAUAUGCGGCCUGCUUUGGAGCAGCUCUCUCUGCUGUACUCUGUUGCCAGCCCGGUGGCUGCGCACAUCGCCGCUGUCGACUAUGCUGGCGAGGAGGGCCUCGUUUCCGACUAUGUCUCGGCUCUUUCUCUGGCUGAGGAUCUCGGUCUGGGUCUGGUCUCCAGUGGCUCGGCUCACGAGUCCCAGCACAUGGCUCUCUUCACCACUUUGCUCGCUUCUGUCCUGCCUUCAAUCCACAUCUAUGACGGUGUUCGCGUCGGCCGCGAGACCACCCGUGUCAUUGAUAUCCUUGACAAGGAAGGUCUGACCCGCGCGUACGAGAACGUUCACAAGACCCUCAAUGACUCUCGUAACCGCCACCUCGAUGCUCAAGGCAAGCUUCUGGAUCUUCUGAAGACCCUCAACGGCGAGCUUGGCACCGACUACGGUGCUUUCGAGUAUCAUGGUCACGCUGAGCCCGUUUCCGUUCUGGUUGUCUUCGGCACCGUCGAGGCUGCUCUCGCCGCCCAGGUUGCCCGCUCCCUGGCCAAGGGUGGUGUCCAUAUCGGUGUGGUCAAUGUCCGUGUCUACCGCCCCUUCGUCGAGGAAGAGUUCCUGCGCGUACUCCCCAAGACCACCAAGACCGUCGGUAUUCUCGGCCAGGUUGCCGAUGAGCAGGCUGUUCAGGAGGAGGGUGUUCACUCUACCUUGUACGAGGAUGUCCUGGCCGCGCUGGUCUUCGCCACCGACCGUGAGCAGGCUCCGUCUUGUGUUGAGAUCAAGUACCCUCGCUCUCAGCGCUGGGAUCUGAUCACUAUCGCUGCUACAUUCCAGCGCAUUUUCAACAAGCCAAUCCUACCCGUCGACAGCGCUACUUAUGAGACUGCUCCUCUGCAGCUGCUUGAUCCCACUACUGUCCAGGAGUACACUUUCUGGGAUGUUGACACCUCCGUGGCCGAUGAGGCUGCCUGCACUCUCAGCCAGGCUCUUGCGGCUGACUCCGCAAGCAACGUCACCACCAGCAAGAUUCACGACAACCUGGUCCAAGGCGGUGCUAUCCGUGUUGAUAUCCGUAAGAGCGCCAAGAUUAUUGACGCUCCUUACGCGGUUGCUGCUGCCGAUGUCGCCUAUGUGGGAAACAUCGCCUUGCUCAACGACAUCGAUGUCCUCGCCUCCGUUAAAGACAACGCGAAGCUCAUUGUUAGCGCCCCUGGUAUUAAGGAUGAGGAUCUCGAGAAGAAGCUGCCGGCCACCUUCCGACAGGCUGUUGCCCAGCGUGGUAUCUCUCUUUUCGUUGUCGACCCCUCAGCCGUUGAAGACUCCUCUCUCGAGACCGUGAUUCUCCAGACGUCUUUCAUCCGUGUUGCUCUGCCCACUCAGGAGGGCAUUGCUACCAAGAAGCUUGCUUCCAUUGCCGGCAACGCCGAGAUUUUGGAGAAGGUCACCCAGGAUCUCGAGAAGGUGCUUCGCCAAAUCGAGGUUCCUGAGUCUUGGAAGGAACCUGAGGGAGUUAGCGAGGCUACCCAGCUUCCUAAGGAUAUCUCCAUCAACAGCUUUGGUGCAUUCCACAAGAACGAGGCUGAGCCCCCGACCCUGCUCAAGGACUGGGAGACCGCUGCCCGUGGUCUGGCCUUCAAGGAGGCAUUCGGGACCAAGAAUGCUCUCCGUCCUGACCUGGCAACCAAGACCUUCACUGUUCACGUCAAGGAGAACCGCCGCCUUACCCCCGCCACCUAUGAUCGUAAUAUUUUCCACAUCGAGUUCGAUCUUGGUGACUCUGGUCUCACCUACGACAUUGGUGAGGCCCUGGGUGUUCAUGCCGAGAACGAUCCUAAGGAUAUCAUGAACUUCAUCGAGUUCUAUGGAUUGAACCCGGAUGAUAUCGUCGAGGUUCCCAGCCGCGAGGACCCGACUGUUCUUGAGAACCGCACUGUUUACCAGGCCUUGGUACAGAACGUCGACAUCUUCGGCCGCCCGCCUAAGCGCUUCUACGAGGCUCUCUCUGAGUUCGCCUCUGAUGAGAAAGAGAAGACCGACCUCCGUACUCUCGGUGGGCCCGACGGUGCUGUUGAGUUCAAGCGUCGCGCCGAGGUUGACACCAUCACCUUUGCCGAUGUUCUGCUGGAGUAUCCCUCUGCUCACCCCGACUUCCACGAGAUUGUCCGCAUCGUUGGUCCUCUGAAGCGCCGCGAGUACUCCAUCGCCUCGUGCCAGAAGGUCAGCCCGAACAUUGUCGCUUUGAUGAUUGUCGCCGUCAACUGGACCGAUCCCAACGGCCGCGACCGCUUCGGUCUGGCUACCCGCUACCUGAGCCGCCUGCAACCCGGCACUCCAGUCAGCGUCAGCGUCAAGUCUAGUGUGAUGAAGCUACCCCCCAAGUCGACCCAGCCGCUCAUCAUGGCUGGUCUAGGUACCGGUCUUGCUCCUUUCCGUGCCUUCGUUCAGCACCGUGCUCUCGAGAAGGCCCAGGGCAAGGAAAUUGGCUCCGUUCUCCUAUACAUGGGAUCUCGUCACCAGCGCGAGGAAUACUGUUACGGCGAGGAGUGGGAGGCCUACCAGGCCGCUGGUGUCAUCACCCUCCUUGGCGCCGCCUUCUCACGUGAUCAACCAGAGAAGAUCUACAUUCAGGAUCGUAUGCGCCAGUCGCUGCCUGAGAUCAUGCAGGCGUACAUUCGUGAGGAAGGUGCUUUCUACCUGUGCGGUCCCACCUGGCCUGUCCCCGACGUUACUGCUGUCCUGGAGGAGGCUAUCGCCACCGAUGCUAAGAACAACGGCAAGAAGGUCGAUACCCGCAAGGAGAUCGAAAAGCUUAAGGAUGAGGAGCGCUAUGUCCUGGAGGUGUACUAG